AUGGUAACUCCACAGUUCAAGAUGGUCGACCCAUCCUUUAGUGACAACGGGCUGGAUCCUGCUCUUUUCGUGGAAAGCAGGAGGAAAGGGAGCAUCGCGUCUCGUGCUAACAGCAUCGGCUCCACCAGUGCCUCUUCUGUACCAAAUACAGUUGACAAGGACUGUUCUCCUGCUGCAGAUGAUGAAGACUCCGACUACCAGCAGGAGACCUACAAGGAAAUAUACAAGGACCGUCGCCGUCGUGCUCACACCCAGGCGGAGCAGAAGAGGAGGGAUGCCAUUAAGAAAGGCUACGACGACUUGCAAUCAAUUGUGCCCACGUGCCAGCAGCAGGAUUUCUCAAUAGGCUCUCAGAAGCUAAGCAAGGCGAUUGUACUGCAGAAGACUAUUGACUAUAUUCAGUUCUUGCACAAGGAAAAGAAGAAGCAGGAAGAAGAGGUCUCCACACUCCGGAAAGAUGUGAUGGCCUUGAAAAUUAUGAAAGUGAACUACGAACAGAUUGUCAAAGCUCAUCAGGACAACCCUAACGAAGGGAAGAACCAGGUCUCUGACCAGGUGAAAUUCAACGUUUUCCAGGGCAUCAUGGACUCCCUCUUCCAGUCCUUCAAUGCCUCCAUCUCAGUGACAAGCUUUCAGGAACUCUCAGCCUGUGUCUUCAGCUGGAUUGAGGAGCACUGCAAGCCACAGACCCUGCGGGAUAUAGUCAUCAGCGUCCUGCAACAACUGAAGAGCCAGCUCUACUAACCCUCACUUGCUCUCUCUCUGGUAGCCUAAGAGUUAGAUAGCUGUAUGAGGACAAGAAGCCUGAUGCUACUUCCUCUUUUGUGUUUUUCUUGGGACUACUGACUGCCUUUACUUCUGAAAUACUCUUCGCACUGUGGCCCUUUCAAGUGUGCUUCAAAUGUCUGAGAGAGUUAACAGCUGCAACAGCUCACUUCUGAGCCUUGCCUCUGUUGCGUGGAUCUGCAUGUCCGAGAAGUUCACCUACAACACACCACCAGCCCUAGGAUUCUACAAGGCGUCUGGCUCCUUUCUCAAGGGUACAGAAGCAGUGGGGCACGAACUUCCUCUGAAUUCUUCCCCUUAACUCAAUCUGUGGCUGUGAUCUUAAACGGUCAUAUAUGAGCCUUGGCUUUAAAGAUGAUAACUAGGAGCAAGCAACUCUAAAGCAGAGUUCCGUGUACUCUGUGCUUCACACACACGCACCCCUUGGCGUGCUAGGUAAAGCUAGGUAAUAUUUUGCAUGUCCUUGCAUACCGACCCUACAGCCCAGUUCUUUGAAAAAGCUGUAAGGUUUUUUGUUCAUUUUUCCUUAAUUGAUUUGUGUGCCUCUUAUCAAAUCCUCUCUGCAUAUAUAUGGCCCUGCUGUAAAGCAGAGUGGUCUGAUCCGUUUAUCAGCACAGCUGGCCUUCAGUGUCACAGCUGGAAAGGGGAAGCAGCCUGCUCAGCCCUCCCAAGCCCCAGGGAUACAGAGAAGGGAGACCAAGCCAACCUCAAGGGAACUGCUGCUCUCUUGUUUUUUCAUUAUAAAGAUAUAAGCAGACCUCAGCUGUGGAAAGUUAUAACUAUUUUUAUAAUAUAACAAGCAGUUCUAAUAAACUUUGGUAAGUGUUUUGAA